GUCGUCUUGAUGAAUUCCGGCCUAACCCAACCUAGCAUUCCGGUUAACGUGGUUUGGCACGUGGUGAAUUGUAAAUAAGAAUGUAUGUAACAAUUGUGGAAUUCAUGAAGGAACCGAAUACCACGGGGGAAAUUAAAGCCGUUAUUUAGUGUGAAAAACUAGCUUUAACACAACCUUAUACCCACAAUCAGUGUACCGACACAGUGUCAAACAUGAAAAUGAAGCGAUCGACAGGCCCGAAAUCCGGCACACCGAAGAAGAAACCGCAGGAGGAAAAUGACUUGACUGUGAAAAGGAUCGGCGGUGGAAGCAUAAUCGAUCACCGUCCGUUAUUUUCCCACGAUGGAGAGUUAUUAUUUGUCGUUUGGAAGCAUUCAAUCAGAGCCUACAGCACUAGGACCGGAGAUCUGGUCAGAGAAUUUGAAGGAAUCGAACACAAGAUCACAGGGAUAUCUUCGCACCCUGACAACAGAGAUGUUGUUUUAGCUUGUUCAGACGUCGGUGAACUGAUAUAUUGGAACUGCUACAAGGGUCUGAUAAUAAAAAAAACAAUUCUUCAAGUUAAUGAACGUGCUGCUAAAAUUAGGACAUUCCAUAUUGUCAGAUACCGGACAAGUGAUGGAAGUAACGUCACCCAAGCACUGGUCACUUAUCUUAUUGAAAGAAGAAUUCAUGUGAAGUUGUUUGGUGUAGAGAAUGGAAAAAUCGCUAUACAAACCAGUUUAGGCUCCAUUUCUGACGAAUAUUAUGUCGAUGUUGUUGGGAGAGCUGGUGAAAACUUAGUCGCUGUUGCGGAAGAUGUUAAUUUACAUAUAUUGAAUCCUGCGGAGGAUUUUGAAGGAAUAUUACAUAAAACGGGUAGACGGUGUACAGCUGUAGCUGGGCACCCUGACAGAGAAUGUCUAGCCACUGGGGACUCGAGUGGCCGAAUUUUAGUCUGGUCAAAUAUUCAACAACGUAUGGUAAUCAAGGCCACUUAUCACUGGCACACACUUCCCGUCACCGAAAUUGUCUUCAGUAGUACAGGAAACCAUUUGUACAGCGGCGGAGGCGAGUGUGUGAUGGUUAAAUGGGUAUUAGAUAAUGUUCAGCUAAAAUCUUACCUGCCACGACUUCAGGCUCCCAUAAAACACCUCUCUCUAGCAUCAGAGAAUCAAUAUGUAGCCAUAUCAACAUUAGACAAUGGCAUCGUUGUGAUCAAUCCUCAAAAGCAGAUCAUUUCUGUUAUACAGAAUUUUACCUGGGGUGUUGUUGGUGCAAAGAAAAAUCUAUUCCCUGCUGGUCUGAUAGUUGAUCCCCGAACCAAUUGUCUAGUUCUUAACAGUCGCACUGGUCAUGUCCAAUUCUACAAUACGCAUACGAAAAGCCUCUUAUACAAUAUAAAUAUAACAGCUCAAAACUUUUUAACGCAAGAGCGAAAUACCGUCAUUGUUAAUACUGAGGUGACAAAAGUAGCUUUGAGUCAGGAUGGACUGUGGAUGGGAAGUGUGGAGCAACGAGAUGACGGGCUUUCCGAAAUGGAAGUGAGGCUCAAGUUCUGGAGCUUUGACACCGACUCGCAAAUGUUCGUUUUGAACACGUCGAUAGAAUAUCCUCACAACGGUGCUGUUAAUGCGCUCCAAUUUCAGCCGAUGACUUUGCUGAGCAGUGACGAGUCGGCUGCAGUUACAACAGGCGCUGAUAAAAAAUACAAAAUAUGGAGGCUAGUGGAGCCUACGUCAAUAUACAAAAAAACGAAACAUUGGCAAUGCUACAGCGUUGGAUUGUACCGUAACUUGCUAGCUAGCGAUGCAACAUUUUCCAUGGAUGGUUCUUUGCUGGCUGUUGGCUUUGGGCCGACCUUGACCACCUGGGAUCCGGAAACAAACGAGCUUAAAUGCAGCCUCACCCAUACCGCUUAUAAACAUAUUAUUAAGCGCAUAGAGUUUGGACGUAAUGAAAUGGGCCAUCUAGUUGUCGUAGGAUCCUCUAACCACAUAGCUGUUUGGAACUUAUUGACUCUUUCCAUCACAUGGACCGUUCAUCUCAAGCUUUCGACCCUAACUGCAGACCCCAUUUCUGUAUACAUGGCGGCGUUCACGACCGAUGGAACUUUGUACAUAUUUACUCCGAGCUCUUCAAAGCCGGUCUACACGAAAAAAACUCUCACCGACAAGGACAGCAUCGUAUUAGGGGCAAGUUUCGUACCUCAUCUGACUGCACCAAGACAUGCAUCGAGUAACCUCUGGCAGCAAAAGUCCCAGCUAUUCUUUUUAGACUCUAAUCAGGAACUGCUGACUCUAGAAACUGCAUCGGAAAUCAGCAAAUCGUUGGAAAAUCUCAGUUUGAGUACAAAUUUACCAUCCACUGCAUUUGGGGCUCUCAUAGCUGCACAGACUACGACUAGCGCGGAACAAGUCGUUCCCCAUACUUACCAAGAGCUUGGAAUUCCAGGAAUGGGUAUCGUGCAAGAGCUACUCAGUGUGCCGUCACACACUUUGCCACCGAUGAGAUUGCUCUGUGCUCCGUUUAUCUUUUCUAUGAUCGGCCAAUCGCCAUCAAAGCAGCGGAGAAUAUCAAUGUCUAAAGAUAAUUCUGCGAAUGGCGAAACGAUGAAUGAUAAUCGUGAAAACGAUUCGGGAAAUGAGAGCGAUGAAAGGUUUGCUGCUUCAAGGAUGGAAAUAUCAUCGCUGAAUACUCCCAAACUAAUGGAUACCUCGGAUCAAGAAGAAGAGCGGUUGACUCACUUCGACUGGUCAUCGUUUUCACAUUCACUCUCCGCAAUUCUUCUCAGCAGAGAUGUUUCCGAGAAGUAAUUGAGUCUCGUUAUAGGCUUAUUUUAUUAUUUGUUAUAUAAUUAUGAAAUGUUUUCGGCUUUCGGUAACAAUGACUAGCUGAAACAUAAUGUCAAGUAUAACUAUAGGGAGAAU